GGGACAACGUUGGCGUCUUUGCCGCCGAUGGAUGGAAUUUUUUGGGUUUGGAUUGUUUUGGAGUCUAUUGAUAUCAGGGAUGAUGUUUGCAGUUGUGCAUGCAAGGUGUUCCUGAGUUCCUUUUCCCUUUGAAAAGUGAUGGUGAAGCCCCUGCAAUUCCACACCCUGAAAUCAGGGAGUUAAUCCCUCUCAGAUCCUAUUGACGGUUUCAUGCGCUAAGAACUGGAUGAGGAUGGUGGCAGGCAGCCCUGUUUCAACGUUUUCGGCAGGACAAGGCGUCGGCUCCCUGUGUCGAAUUCAAGGGCGGAGCUGGAAUGAAGCUCCCUGUGUCGAACUAAUUCGUGCUUGCCGUUGAUGGGGAGAUCUUCAGCGUUCAGAUCUCGCGACGAGAUGGCUGAAAGAGAGAUCGUCGGAGUUCUGUUUCUGCUGCGUCUCGCUUCCCCACCUCUUUCGCAAUCGGCGACCCCGCCUGUGAGAAAUAGGUCCGCCACUCAUUCACCCCUCGCCGCACCAACUGAUUCUCCAUCCUCGUCACCGGUGCCGCCAGAUUCAUACCCCGGCCACCACUGUUGGGAGAUAGAGCACUGCCCCUCGUCUCAUUCCUCCCCGAACAAACGAUUCACAUCGAACUGCCUCCCGUGUCUCCACCCGUCAAUCGACACACGCUUGGAAAUGGUAGGGGAUCUUGCUCGGAACUGGUAUCGGCGGCGGUGGAUCUUCUAGGAACAGGGGAGCUUGCUCGCAAAUGGUAUCGGCGGCGGCGCCAAGAAAAAGUGAGAGAGGGG